GCAUCGGGCCGACGACGAAGCUACUAGGACCGCUUCACACCGGCCUGCUCUCCUAUAAGUAGCAGUGCCUCAAUGCGACGCCUUUUGGCAAGUUCGAUCCAGAUUAUAGCAGCUAGCUCACCGUCACCGACAUACAGUACAAUAGCAGCUUAUUAGCUUGUGUCAGUCCAUCCAUCCAUCCAUGGAGAAACUCGUCUACUUCGCGACCAUUAUAUCCUUAUCCAUGGCGGCGCUGCUAGUGCCACUCCGCGUACAGUGCGAAGAAGCAGCUAGAGCUGCUGCUGCCAGAAGCUGCCAUGCCGGCACCGGAGCUUCUGCUUCUGCACCAGCCGCAGCAGCAGCGUGGAAAAGGAGCUGCGGCGGCGGCAAGGCGGGGAAGCAGCAGCCGCAGGUGGAGGGCAUGUUCGUGUUCGGGAGCUCGCUGGUGGACAACGGCAACAACAACUUUCUCAACGGCUCCGGCGUGCGCGCAGACUACCUCCCCUACGGCGUGGACUUCCCCCUCGGCCCCUCCGGCCGUUUCUCCAACGGCCGCAACGUCAUCGACGCGCUCGGCGAGCUCCUCGGCCUCCCCGGGCUCGUCCCACCCUUCGCCGACCCGCGCACCCGGCGGGCCCGCGCCGCGCUGCGCGGCGUCAACUUCGCCUCCGGCGGCUCCGGCAUCCUGGAGCACACCGGGCAGGUCACCGGCAAGGUGGUGAGCCUGCGGCAGCAGAUCACCAACUUUGAGUCGGUGACCCUUCCUGACCUGCGGGCCCAACUGCGUGGACCAGCUGCGGCCGCCAACCACUGGAUCAAGGGUCAAGAUUCCUUCCACAAGUGCUACCUCUCCAAGUGCCUCUUCGUCAUCGGCACAGGUGGCAAUGACUACCUGCUCGACUACUUCAACCCCGGGAACGGCACCCAAGGUGGGCCGCCCUUGUCAGAGUUCACUGCGUCUCUCAUCACCAAGCUCUCCGGACAUCUUCAGAGGUUGUACGCUCUUGGCGCACGGAAGUUUGUGAUCUUCUCGAUCCAGCCGACCGGGUGCACCCCCGUGGUACGGGCGUUCCUCAACAUCACCGGCGGCGCCUGCAUCGAGCCGGUGAACGACGCGGUGGCGCUCUUCAACGCCGAGCUCAGGCGGCUGGUGGAUGGCGCGAGGCGGCGCAUGCCCGCCGCCAGGUUCGCCUUUAUCGACUCCUACAGGAUCAUCAAGGACAUGCUGGACCACCCCGCCAAACAUGGCGUUAGGGAGACGAGCAGAGCCUGCUGCGAGAUGUCGAGGAGCUCGUCGGGCGUGCUGUGCAAGAAGCAGGGGCCCAUCUGCAGCGACCGGACGGAGUACGUCUUCUUCGACGGGCUGCACCCGACGGACGCCGUGAACGCCAGGAUCGCGCGCAAGGGCUACGGCUCCAGCUCGCCCGACCACGCCUACCCCAUCAACGUCAAGAAGCUAGCCAUGCUGUAGCCCUUGUAGAAGCUAGCCAUGCAUGCUUGUAACCUAGCUUUGUACUAGUAGUAAUAAUCUAGAAUUAAUGCCUACCUCAUCAACGCCAACAUCGUUCGACUACUUACUAGUAGUACUAGUUCUCUGUGAAAUAGUCUAAUAAGCCAUCUCCCAUUCGUCUUUGCUAGGCGUUAAGUGUUUUUAGUGAAGAGUACGCGCGGGCAUGCAGGGUGGUCUAGACAAUCCUAAUGUAUAGUAUCCGCUACUUGGUCUUUUAUGUAUCAUGAGUGAUGCAUUCGUCUUUUAUAGUAUCCGCUACUUGGUCUAUAUAAUCCUAAUGUAUAGUAUGCAUAUGUCUUAA